UAUGGCUACCAAGGGUUCACUGUGGUCUACGGCCGAGGUUCAGUGUUUGAUCGAUAUCUGGGCUGAUGAAAGCAUUCAAAAACAACUGGAUAGUACGCACAAGAACUCCGAGAUAUUCGGUAGAAUUCGUGACUAUCUUUGUAGUCGUGGUUACAAGAGAACCAUUGACCAGUGCCGCGAAAAGCUGAAAAAGCUGCGUGCUCAGUAUCUGAAGGUACGAGAUGCACUCCGCAGAUCAGGCAGCUCAUCUGACGAAAAAGACCGGUUUCCGUGGUACGACGCAGUCGACAAAAUAAUCGGGCUUAAACCGAGCAGCCAACCGUGUGUAUUACAAUCUUGUGAAACACGUACACCAUCUCCAUCAGCAACGACCGUUCCAGAGAACAAUGGACCGACGACGGCGUCGAACAACUCAACACUCAUUUCAGAGAGGUCUCACAGUGGCGAUCGUACCGAGGAGUCACCUGAGACUUCUGACACGAACGCAAGCUCGGACAAUGUUCCAACGCCCUCACGACAGUGCCGAAAGAGGAAAAGGAACACUGAUAUGGGUGACAUGAUGGCUGCCUUCCUGGACAUGCAGAAAAAGCAACAUGAAGAAUUCAUGCAAGGGGAGCAACAGCGUUCCAAAGAAGAGAAAGAGAUGCUGGAUAAUUGGAUGAAGGCACAAAUGGACAUGGAGGAGCGCCGGCAACAGCUGCAGAGGGAGGAACGUCAAGAAUCAAACAGGAUGUUCCAACAAAUGAUGAACAGACUGUUUGAUGCUAUGGUUCCUUCAUACCAUCAACACACACAAUUGUCCAGUUAUCAUAUGUCUCCACAGCACAGUUCUUAUCCUGCACGUCCAGCAAGACAAUCAACCCCAUCAUCAUCAUACAUUGAGCAUCCUGAACACUCUGUGUAUGAAGACCUAUGAAGGAAUAUAAUAUUCCAAAUGUCUUGAACAUAAACACUUUUUUUUUUUUUUACAUCUAAUGGCACUCUUGGACAGCCAUUGUUUAAUCUGUGCCUUUUUUGUUUGUCUGUAUGACCACUGAGUGGUUUAUUUUUUCCAAAAAGCUACUUAUACGGGGUUUUUUUAUUAUUAAAGAAUCAUUA